CGCGUGUCGCUAGAUGGCGUAUUAAUUGCACGAUUUUCUUUCCUUCUCCGCAACGAUUCUUUUCUUUUUUUAUUUAUUUACUUUUUUAUCGAGAAGGCAAGAAGUCUACCUCAACGAUCAUUCAUUUCAUUUCAUUCCGGCUUCAAAGAUGUCCAGACAUACGACAACAGAAAAUGGGGUUAUUAUCCUUGUGCUGAUCUUUUUCAUUUCUCUAGUCAACUGCGAAAGCCCUGGAACUAAAUUAGGAUAUAAACCCGGAACUUUUAAGGAUUUCGUAUCUGAAAAAACGAGAGUAUCUCUGUCCUGCCGGUCCAACGAUAUAAUGGUGAAUCUGAACUUUUCGGUUCCUUUCCGCGGCCUGGUGCAUGCUGGGAAGAAAGACAGCGGUUGCAGUUUCAGAGGAGACGGGAAAAUGACUUAUUCCUUGAAUGUCCCUCAUGCUGCUUGUGGUACAAUUCAUGUGACUCCUCAAGAUAGUUUCGCCAAUACUCUCACCAUUCGAUAUCAUCAUGCUUUGGAGUUGGAAGGAGAUGAAAUCAAGACCAUUCUCUGCAAAUACGGCACAGGCAGCAUUCAGUUAGGUUGAAAAACAUGAGAUGCAGCCAAGAAAAUAGUUUUCAUUUCAGAAAUUCAUAACAUUAUUUAUAUCUAAAAACUUUUAGUUAUUAAUGCGCUUUUACUUGGUUAAACAUAAAAUAUCUAUUAUUAGCGAAACGAUGAAUCCAAUGAAUCGAUCAACCGACCACAAAUCAAAUCUAUCAUUUAUUUCGAUUAUACCUUCUUCCACUUCAAGAGUAUCAUGAACUUUGUGAUGCAGUAAUUAAAUUUGUUAUUUUAUUUUUAAUCAGUAGAGGAUCAUAUUUUCAUGUUCCUGUUUUUUUCAAACAUGAGCGCAUUAAUAGCUAAAAUAAUUCAGAACUGUUUUGAAUAAUUUUAUCGUUUGCAAUAUAAUUUAAAUCAGAACCAGUCUAGAAUGCAGUCUUAUUUUCUUUCAUUAAAGAUAAAUUCUAUCAAAUUUUUUUUUUCUUAUUAAAAUUAAUUUUUCAGCUCAUUUUCUAUAUUGAGGCAAUUAUUUUUUGUCUAAAAUUUGUGCAAAUGGUUAUUCAGAUCUUU